AGAACUAUCGAACCGUAUAGUGUGUUUUAUCGUCACUCAAAAACAAGGAAACAACGAAACCAUCGAACGCGUUCCUCGGUUUCACAGCUAAAAAUGUGACGCGAACAAGAUAGUUCGGUGGUGACUCGUAGGCGCUUCCGUAGAAACACCGCCACUUGCGUCCGAGAAGCUCGUGAGCCGUACAGGCUUCCGUACAUAUUGGAGAAAGGCCUUUACAGCAGCCAGAUGUGUGAAUGCGCCUUGAUAGUUCGACCGUUUACACUGUUGUUAUGGUAACUUGAUUGAAAUGAACGUUAUGAUUAUCGUUAGUGUUUGAAAUAUAGUUUUCAAUUAGUAAAGUAAUGUAUAUUAUUUAGAAUAUUUGUAUUAUACUUUAAAGUUUUCGUUGUUAAAGAAUUUAAAUGACCACAUAUUAAAAGUAUUUGACUUAACAGCGAAAUCAGUGUGAUCAAUUCUAUUUUAUUAGUAUAUUUAUAAUUUUAAUCAUCUUUAAUUUAUAUUUGUGGAAAUAAAAACUGCAAGAAAAUGUCACAUCUAAGAUAUAUGAAAGAUUUAAAUAAUGUAACACGAAUGGAUGAAGCAAUAAGGGGACCUUUACCUCGAUGGCAGAAAAAAUGUUUAGAAGCUUCAAAUUCCAGUACCAGUUCUACUUUGAGUUUGAACUCUUCUCGAAAAUUAGCUAAUGCAUCUGUAAAUAAUGUGAGUACUGGAAAAACGCCAACUAAACGAUUAGAGGUUCGAACUAAGAAGACUCCAUCAAAAGGUUCAAAAAAAUCUCCAAGUCGCGGUACGACGCCUGCCAAGACUCCCAGUGGUGGAGAUAGAUUUAUUCCUUCAAGAUCAACAACUAACUUCGAUUUGGGUUAUUUUAAGUUACAACAGCAAUACUCAGAGCAAAAUGGAGAUAAAGAAGGAACUGUUAGUCCUUCAAAGAAAGAAAUGCAGCGGCUUAUUGGAGAAAACCUCAAUGGUGGUGAUAUAAAUAAUAUGCGAGUAUUGUCUUAUCAAAACAAAGCUCCAGCACCACCUGAAGGAUACCAAAACUCUUUAAGAGUAGUGUACAGUCUUUCUAAAACUCCAUCUAGUGUUAAACCUUCUACAAGGUAUAUACCACAAGCACCUGACCGCAUUUUAGAUGCACCUGAAAUAGUUGACGAUUAUUAUUUAAAUUUAGUUGACUGGUCGCCUACAAACAUUUUAGCAGUAGCCUUAGGUUCAACUGUUUAUUUGUGGAAUGCUAUUACCGGAACGAUUGAGCAACUUUUUGAAUUGGAGAGUAAUGACUAUGUUUGUUCAGUUUCUUGGAUUCAACAGGGUCCAUAUUUGGCAGUUGGAACAACAUCGGGAAAUACAGAACUUUGGGAUUGUAGUGAAAUGAAAAGAGCACGUGUGAUGAAUGGACACGCGGCAAGAGUUGGUUCUUUAGCCUGGAAUCAUCAUAUUCUAACUAGUGGCUGCAGAGCUGGUCAAAUAGUUCAUCAUGAUGUCAGAUCACGUGAUCAUGUAAUUAGUACAAUAGAAGCACACGCUCAAGAAGUAUGCGGUUUAAAAUGGUGCCCCGAUGGAAAAUAUUUAGCUAGUGGUGGUAACGAUAACAUGUUGCAAAUCUGGUCUGCUGUUUCCGGUCAGCAUCAUUCUCGUCCACAACCUUUAUAUUCUUUGAAUCAACAUCAAGCAGCAGUGAAAGCACUUGCUUGGUGUCCUUGGUCAACUAAUAUUUUAGCGAGUGGUGGUGGUACAGCGGAUAGAAUGAUACGGUUUUGGAAUUGUAAUACAGGUACCUGCUUGAAUUCAGUGGAUACAAAAUCUCAAGUUUGUUCACUUUUAUGGUCAACUACAUAUAAAGAAAUUGUUUCUGGACAUGGCUAUGCACAAAAUCAAUUGACAAUUUGGAAAUAUCCGUCAAUGAAUAAAGUUGCGGAAUUAACGGGACACUCAAGUCGAGUUUUACAUUUAGCUAUGUCGCCAGAUGGUACUACUGUUUUAAGUGCAGGAGCAGAUGAAACCCUACGACUAUGGAAAUGUUUUCAACCUGAUCCUCAUAAAAAGAAAGAAGUCACUGACGUCAAAUCAGUUGCUUCUAGACUAAAACAGUCUAUUCGAUAAUAUCGGUUUAGUAAUUAUAUAUACACAUCGUGCAUUUCUAUUUUUAUAAAUUGUAACAACUUUUUUUGUCCGUUAAAUAUAUUAUGGAUUACACAACAAA